AGCCAGUGACCAUUUUCCCGAGUAUUGACCCAAACGCACAUGCUGGCUGACGGACCGCGUACCAAACGCGCCAUUACAGCUUAGCCAUCGCAAUCGCCACCGCCAAGAAUCCCGGCGGGCGUUCCUCGACUGACUUCCUCCUCCCCCACUACAAUCCAGCUCGGCUUCCUCCCGGCGGCCGCGAUGAGCAGAUUCACCAGGCGAGUCCAAAUCGACGACCCUAAGCACGACGACGACGACGAGAGGAAUGGCCAGAACGGAGGCGGCGAGGAGGAAGGAAGCGCGGCGAAGCUGAGAUCGACGAGCAGCAACGUGAGCGACGACCAGGAGCCGUUCAUGGGGGUCAAGGUUCGACGGAAAGCGUCGCUCCACAGGGAAGUUAAAGGAGAUUACAUCGACGUGCCCUCGCAUCCUCGCCUGAUGAAGAUCUUGCAGAAACAAGGAGAUAAGCACAUACUAUUUGCAGACAAAGUUUUGAAAUUCACUGCCUCAGGGAAGAUGAAGAGGCGGAUGCUGUUGGUAACGGAUUUCGCCAUUUACAUUCUCGAUCCGGAGAACGAUGCCCUGAAGAGGCGGAUUGCAUUGGCUGCAGUGGAGAAGCUGUGUUUGAGUGAGCUGAGUGAUAACUUCUUAGCGAUCAUUAUCCCAACGGAGUAUGAUCUACUAAUGGCCAGUACCAGGAAGACGGAAAUUGUUACUGUUUUAGUUGAACAUACCAAGAGCUCUUCAAACUAUGAGCUAGAUGUGGAGUUCUCCAAUAGCAUCGAGUAUCAGGCAGCUGCUGAUUUGACAAAGGAAGUUCAGUUUGAGGAAGUUGAGGGUGGUGUCAGAACAAGGAUCCUGAGGAAAUGAGAUUGCAAACAGUUCAUGGUCUCUCAACCCUUCAUAACUAUAGACCACCUCAGGGAAUCGCUCGGAUCAGAUCAAUGUAAAAGGCAAGAUUUUGUAAUUGUUCAGAAUGUCUAUGCCAACCAAGUGAGAAUAGUUUUACCGUUAUUGGUUGUUUUGCUGCAUAUAUAUACAUUAUACAUCUGAUUGUUUGUACUACUGUAACUAUGGGAAUUGGAUUGCAUUCCUUCUGUUUUUCCUAUUGAUUUUGCAUGUCCACGAGAACCAAGUGCCUGUAUAUCUUAGCGGCAUGUACUAUGUGAGAAGAGUGAUAAUAAUUUCCAGAAUUUGCCCUAGCUGGUAUCAACUCUUGAAAGGCUCAAGUCACUGAAACUGUCUGAUCUCCUCCAAGUGUUAUU